ACCUGAUUUUCUAUUUACCUUUCGAUUGAUGGUUUAAUAUGGGGCAGAUUUUGGUUAACUAUGGGCAAAGCUUCGAAGGAGUUAAUUGCUAUUUUGAUUUAUCAAUGGUUUAAACAGGGCUUACACGUCUGACGCGUUACAUUUUUAAACAUUAUUCCAAUUCGUUUCGUGAACUGAAAAAUUUUGUUUCAUUCCUUAAUUAAAUUACUAUUGUCAUGGAAAAGGAGUCGUCUUGAAGAUGUUGAUCAUGGAUGGUAUAAAUAUAUCGAUUGAUUCCAACUUUAAAGCUUUUUAAUAUCCUUUCUUUUUCUUUUCUUUCAUUAAUCAAUCAAUCAACUAUUAAUUCAUUCCAACUACUCCACACUCUUUUAAUAUAUAUAAAAUGCAAUACAAAUUAUUAACUGCCACUGCUAUCUUAGCCGCCUCAGCUCAAGCUGCUUCUACUCUUUUAGAUGUCGAAACCGUCACUGAAAACUCAACCACUGAUGUCACCAUCACUUCUUGUUCAAACAAUGCUUGUGCCACCACUGUUGAAACCACCUCAUUAACUGUUGUUACCACCACUGUUAACGGUGUCGAAACUAUUUAUACCACUUAUUGUCCACUUACUGCUGAAGAAUCCUCUCUUGCUGCUGAAGCUUCUGAAGAACCAACUCCAUACACCACUUCCGUUGUUACCACUACUGUUGAAGGUGUUGAAACUGUUUACACUACUUACUGUCCAGUUUCUGCUUCUCUUGCUGCUGAAGCUUCUGAAGAAGCUGCUGAAGCUACUUCUACCCCAUACACUUCAUCAGUUGUUACCACCACUGUUGAAGGUGUUGAAACUAUUUAUACCACUUACUGUCCAGUUUCUGCUUCUGAAGCUGCUGAAGCCUCUGAAGAAGCUGCUGAAUCCGCUGAAGAAGCUACUGCUGCUCCAACCACCGAAGCUGCUGCUCCAACUACUGAAGCUGCUGUUCUAGCUUCUUCAUCUGAAGAAGUUACUUAUGUUGAAGAAACUACCACUCCAGUUGUUACUGUUUCUACCGGUGUUGAAGCCACUGAAACUGAUCAAUUAUACCUCACUUCAUACUACAGUGUUCCAGAAGUUUCUGAAUCUGCCGCUGCCAACACCACUCUUGCUGCUGUUGCCACUUAUGAAGCUGGUGCUAACGCUCAAAAAGCCCUUAUUGGUGCUGCUGGUAUUGCCGGUUUAGCUGCUGUCUUAUUAUAAGCAACUUAUUCAUUAUAGAAUAAUGUCUUUUUUUGUUAUAAUGACACAAAUAAUCACAAUUUUGGGUAUUUUUUUGGGGUUUCAUCUUAAAAAUAAUAAUUUAAAAGUUGAUAGAAAAGAUUGCACAACCGUCAUACAACUUAUACCAAAGACUGGUUCUUCGAUCAUUUCACAUUAAUAUAAUUUUUGUAUUUUUAAUUUUGUAUUUUCGGGCACAAUAAAUUUUCUAGUUUUUACUAAUUUAUAUUUAUCUUAGAUUUUCAUAUAUAAACGUUUACUUUUUCGUAUUAUCUUUAAUUUUCGUAGUACUUUUUGGUUUCAUUUACAU